CAGGCCAGACACGAGGUGAGACCUAUGAGUCUAUCACGACCAAACGCGACCAAGGCAGCAGAGAUACAGUGCGAAUGUGAUGUACCCGACCUGUGACCGCGGGCGGGCUGAACGUUGACGCACAGGCGCGCCAAGCCAACGCUUGCCAGGUGCCUUUCAACCUCACUGCGCAUCAACGCCGACCCUCUACCUAACCCCGUCCACCCCAGCGUCUGCCAUCCCCGCCUCCUGCCUUCGCCUCGCCGAACCCCACUGACACAACUCUUCAUCUUCUUCCACAGACUUCAAUAUCCGUCGCCAGCAUGAAUCCUGAAUACGACUACCUCUUCAAGCUCCUCCUGAUCGGCGACUCCGGCGUCGGAAAGUCAUGCCUGCUCCUUCGUUUUGCCGAUGAUACAUACACGGAGAGCUACAUCUCCACCAUCGGCGUCGACUUCAAAAUCCGAACCAUCGAGCUGGACGGCAAGACGGUCAAGCUACAAAUCUGGGAUACCGCCGGUCAGGAGCGAUUCCGAACCAUCACAUCCUCGUACUAUCGGGGCGCCCACGGCAUCUGCGUCGUCUACGAUGUCACGGACAUGGACUCGUUCAACAACGUGAAGCAGUGGCUCCAGGAGAUCGACCGAUAUGCCACCGAGGGUGUCAACAAGUUGCUAGUGGGCAACAAGUCCGAUAUGGCGGACAAGAAGGUGGUUGAGUACACCGUGGCGAAGGAGUUCGCAGACAGCCUCGGUAUCCCCUUCCUGGAGACGUCCGCAAAAAGCGCCACCAACGUCGAGCAAGCCUUCUUGACCAUGGCCCGCCAGAUCAAGGAGCGCAUGGGAACCACAACCGUCAAUAACAAGCCCACAGUGCCGAUCGGUCAAGGCCAGGGCGUGCAGAGCGGGUCAGGCGGUGGCUGCUGCUAGAGGGGGUGAGCAGGAUGGGUGAAGAUAACGACUGCCAGUUUCAAGGCGUGGGUGUUCGUCCGGGUUGGUACCUAAUGGUUUCCCUCUACAACAGCAAGCCGCCGUCCAUGUCCAUCUUUCCUCGGUCUUCUAUGCAUGGCUCACAUGAGGUGGUUGUGUUGGAUUCUCCUUCUGGGUCUCGGUAGCAAUCUUUUUCUGCAUCCUUGGGGAGGGCAGUGAUCGCGGCAGACGGAUAUGGUAGCAGAUUGUGGAGCCCUUUGGACCGGAGACUAGAA